AUGGGGUUACAACUUCAACGGUGGGAUCACAAUUUUUUUGGUGUGGGUUAUAACUUUUAUGAAUUGAGUUUCACCAAAGCUUUUGGGUUUGGUCUCCUAAAAUUGAUCCGCAUCCUUGCCUGUCUUCUCAGUUCUCAGCCUUACGCUCCUCUUUGUUCGUACUCCUCUUCAACAACCUCUGCCUGCGACCUUUCUAAACUCGCACCGCCAUUCUCACCAGCUAUCAUGGUCUCAAUCAAGAGACAAGGUGGCCACAUAUGCUAUCAGCAUCGUCUCAAGAAGUAUAACAGACCCUUUUCUCCCCCACAACCGCGAAUUAGUAUCCUUCUGGACAACCACCUCCUCCACUUGGGCGGCCCAGACACCAUCACCGCCUUUUCGCUGGACGACAACCAGCUGUGGUUACGCCAAGUUCUCACUCUGGUCAUUCAACUAGGAUUUGUGGUUUAUAUCCUUUUCAGGGCAUUAUGGAGGACAAGCUUUAGUCUUUUCAUAUUUUUGGUUAUUGUCUGUAUUUCCACAGCGGGAUUUCUGAACUACGCAGAGAGAAUCUGGGCACUGUAUCGUGCAAGCAUGGAUGGCCUUAGAAAAUCUAUGAUGAAUGAUGGAAACGCCGGGCCGAGCUACGUGGACAUUGUGGAGACAUACUCAUUCACAAUCAACACAGGAAUUCUAGCACACAGGCAAUCGGAACACCUAGAAUCAUCCACAACAGCAGUAGAUAAUUACACCAAGCCUGAGAAUCCUGAGGUACAAACAUUGAAGAAUGCUCAUUAUUUAUUUAUGACUUUUAGGCGUCUCUUUGUCGAUCUCAAACUCACAUUUGAAGACCGAGCCAACAGCCUGUCCAUUUUCAAUGGCAAAGACGCUUCAGCAGCAUUUGAAAUGGUUGAGAUCGAGCUGAAUUUUGCCUAUGAUGCCCUGUACACGAAAGCAUUCGUGGCUCAUAGUCCUCCUGGUCGCAUCAUUCGGGUUGUUAAUAUAGUUUUAGUCCCUGCAGCUUGCAUUCUUUUUGCUCUCACAGACAAACAUGGUUUCCAUGACAGAGAUGUUUUCAUCACAUACCUGCUACUUGUAGGUACUAUGGGUUUGGAAAUUGCGUCGUUGCUGGUGUUCAUCGUCUCAGAUUGGACUGUUGUUCUGUCGAACACCUUGUGGUUGAAUCAGAACUUCCUAGAACAAGUCAUCCCUUGGAUCCUUUCCUUUGUGAGAAAAACUUUUCUCUGUUUGUCCAGAGGACAAAGUUCACGAAAUGCAAAAUCCGGGGAGGCUAAAAGAUACCGCUGGUCUCAUUCCAUGAAGCAGGUCAGCCUGUUGAGCUAUUGCUUGCAUGAUCACGAAACUUGUUUCCAAAAACUCCUUGCUUAUCUAAAAGCCAAGGAAUAUUUCGACAAGUAUAAGUGCACAAAAUGUGAGAAAAUUCUCACAACACUAGAAGAGCUUAUUUGGGAAAAUCUGAAGGGAAAGGCACAAAUCAGUGAGGAUGCUGAAAAGAACAGGAACCUCACUGAUUGGAGAGGCAAAAAUGGCAUUUCUUGA